AUAAAUUCUUCUAGAAAAGCAAAAUCCUUUGGAAGUUCUGCAAUUACAUCAUGUGCUGCCAGCACUAUACUAACCCCUUUGCCCCCCUCCCCAUGCACACACGCAAAGAGAUUAAAAAGUAUUUGCAAAUACAACAUGCACUCCCAACACUAUAUAAACCCUGUCCUCCUCCUCCUCCUGCACAUAGGGUAUUUGAAUCCUCUCAAAGACAAACGAUCAGGCACCACCUUUGCCACCUGACCGUGCUUGCAAUGGAAAUUCCAGGGGCAUCAUCUCGGCGCUCCGUGGCCAUGUCGUCAACCUCACUGCUAAAGCGAUGCAGUGGCAUGGCACAGUCGCGAAAAGGGUGCCGCUAUGACCCAGAGAGAGCCGGCAUCGGGAUUGUCUCGGCUAUUAUGGAACCAACCGAUGCACGCCUACACAUCGUCGGGCCUCUCAUCCACACCAACGCACGUGAGAUCCUAGAGGUUACACUGCCAAACCUUAUUUGGAGCAAUAGGAGGCCAUUCCGAGCAGCCAUACUUUCAUCUGGUCUAUGCCGCAGCUGGAUCGGUAGUGGCACCGUCUACAUGUACAAAGGUGAGAUGGGAUUCUGUAAACCGGAGUGUGGCAACGACUAUAUUGUGGAGCAAUUGGAAAAACAGAGAUGGAGGCUGAGGUGGUGUCAAAGAGAAAAGGUCCCACCAAUGGAGGACGAUAAGGAAGGCAAUCAGAGCUCCAUGUUCUUCACCUGCGCUGGUAGCCUAUGAUGCACCUACAUAUAUGUUUGAGAGAUGUAUGGGCUUAGAAGGACUGGAACUUAUUUUUCACAACUGUAUAACUUGGUGCUUUUGUAAGUAACAGAACACCUGAUGGUUAGUAAAUAGCAAUACACUUUUGACAUGGUA